UUCACCCAUUCACAAUCACAUUCACUCUUGUGUUGUGUUUAUGUUCUUGUUGAAUUUGUUUAAAAUGUUUAAAUGAAAAUGUGGACAAUAAUUAUCAUGAACUUUAAAGUGUGCUAUUCAGAAUGAAACUACAAGAAACUCGGUUCUGUCCGUAAACCAGCAAACAUAACGUUUCGACAGCUAUGCAGGCGUCAUCAUCAGGCAUGGCGGGGGUUGUCAACCCCCAUACGGCUCAGAUGAACCAAUUCAAGAGUUACGUCACCAUGUUAGGUGAUCCGGAUCGCAAGGACGUUCACAAGUUGAAAGCCACCCAAGAAAUCAGCAAGCAUUUUGAGAUGAUUCUGAAUUCUGCGCUGUACCAGAGCUUCCUGGACCAUUCUGUGAAUAUUUUCUUGAAAAUACUCGACGAGGGAUAUCCACUAUUUAUUGCUGAAUAUAACCUUCAACAAGUCCGUAAAUUGAUCCUAGAGAUGCUGUACAGACUACCAACAAACGAAACUCUGCGACCCUAUGUGAGACAGAUCCUGUCGCUGAUGCUGAAACUGCUAGAAAUCGACAAUGAAGAAAACGUCCUAGUUUGCCUCAAGAUCAUAAUCGAGCUGCACAAGCAGUACAAACCAAUUUUCACGGAGGAGAUCCUAAAGUUCCUUCAGUUCGUCAAAUCUAUCUAUUCCAAUCUACCAAGCCACAUGAACAAAAUCUUCGAACCGAGACCACCGAUCAAGGUGAAAGAUCUCAGCGAGGUGAACAUCGAGGAGUUGCUCAAAGAGACAUUCACCAUGACCAUCAUCCAAACGGAGACUAGAAACAAAGACGGCACGCUGAGUGCCUACUAUCUAAUACCCAAAGCUGUGCUGAGCCUCAAAGUCCUCCAGGAGCUGCCCAUCAUCGUGGUACUGAUGUACCAGCUCUACAAGCAAAAUGUCCACCAAGAUGUCAACGAUUUCAUCCCCCAUAUUAUGAAUACCAUCACGCUGCAGCCCAGUUUGGAACAGCGCCGGGCUGACUCGUUCAACAAAGAGAUCUUCGUUGAUUUCAUGGGCGCUCAGAUCAAAACCCUGUCCUUUUUAGCUUACAUCAUCAAGAUCUACCAGGAGGUGGUGCAAGAACACUCUUCUAUGAUGGUACAGGGUAUGCUGGGGCUGCUGACACUCUGCCCUAUGGAAGUAGCGCAUCUGAGGCGAGAACUUCUGAUCGCAGCCAGGCAUAUCCUGGCCACCGAGCUCAGGAAUAAGUUUGUUCCACACAUGGAGAGGCUAUUCGAUGAGGAUGUUCUUCUGGGUAGAGGGUGGACCACUCACGAGUCUCUGAGGCCCCUAGCGUAUUCCACGCUUGCAGAUCUAGUACACCAUGUGAGGCAGCAGUUGCCGCUAAGUAAUCUUACCAGAGCCGUUCAUUUAUUCAGCAAGAACGUGCAUGAUGACAGUCUAGCGACGACUAUUCAGACCAUGUCCUGCAAGUUGUUGUUGAAUUUGGUGGAUUGCAUCAGGAUUAGAUCCGAAGCGGAGAACAGUAGCGAAGGCAGGGAAUUGUUGAUGCGGAUGCUGGAAGUGUUUGUGCUGAAAUUCAAAACUAUCGCUAAAAUUCUCAUCGUUAAAUGCGAGCAAAGAAAACAAGAAGCUCAAAACCAACAACAAAAUCCUGUGCAACCACCAGAGCAGGAUGUUAAACCCAAUCCUGCUGAGUUCUUGGAAACUGUGCUAGCAAAUGCUCAGGGUACCCAAACCAGCAAGGAGGAGAAAUCUAAAUUCGGUUUCCCCCAAAACAACAACUACAACGUAGCUGAUUACAGAAGCUUAGUGAAAACCCUAGUUUGUGGCGUUAAAACCAUCACUUGGGGAUGCUCGGCAUGUAAAACGGCUACCGGUCAAUCUUUGGUCCAGUCUAAACAUUUCCAGCCCCACGAAACGCUAGUCUUCGUGAGACUGGUCAAGUGGGCUCUGAAAGCUCUGGACAUAUACACGCUGAACGUGGGGCCUCAGCCGAUCGGUCUUCCUCAGAGAAUGAACCAGCAAAAUAUAAGAACCAAAGAGGAGAAAGAGGUGCUCGAACAUUUCAGUGGAGUGUUCUCCAUGAUGAACUCCCAAACUUUCCACGAAAUUUUCUCCACCACCAUCGAAUAUCUGGUGCAGAGGGUGUACGAGAACCCGACUCUGCAAACGGUGCCCAACACUCUUCUUGCUAAUCCUGCUACUAGUCCGAUCUUCGCCACCGUAUUGGUCGAAUAUUUGUUGGAGAGAAUGGAAGAAAUGGGAUCGAACUUGGAGAGGAGCAACUUGUAUUUGAGACUCUUCAAAUUGGUUUUCGGUAGCGUAUCUUUGUUCCCGCAAGAGAACGAGAACAUGCUCAGGCCUCAUCUGCAUCAGAUUGUCAACAGAUCGAUGGAACUAGCCAUGAGCGCCACGGAGCCGUACAACUACUUUUUGCUCCUGCGAGCUCUGUUCAGGUCCAUAGGAGGUGGCAGCCACGAUCUCCUCUACCAGGAAUUCCUGCCCUUGUUACCCAACCUGCUGGAAGGCCUCAACAGACUCCAAAGCGGCUUGCACAAGCAACACAUGAAGGAUCUCUUUGUGGAGCUGUGUCUCACCGUUCCAGUGAGACUCAGCUCUCUCUUGCCUUACUUGCCAAUGCUGAUGGAUCCCCUGGUGUCGGCGCUGAACGGAUCCCAUGUGCUGAUCAGUCAGGGGCUCAGAACCCUCGAACUGUGCGUGGACAAUCUGCAACAUGACUUUCUUUACGAGCAUAUCCAGCCAGUUAGAGCGGAGCUGAUGCAGGCCUUGUGGAGGACCUUGAGGAACAACGACCAAGUGGCCCAAGUGGCUUUCAAGGUUCUUGGAAAGUUCGGUGGAGGCAACAGGAAGAUGAUGAUUGAACCGCAGAAGCUAGACUACGUGUCGACCGACUUUGAUCCUCCGGCUAUCCUGGCGCGAUUCCACGAUCAAGACCAGCCGCUGGAGUUCCCCGUAUCCAAGGUCAUCGACACGGCUUUCAACGCCUUGAAACAGAGCAACACCGAUCCUUUUUACAGGAAGCAAGCUUGGGAGGUGAUCAAUUGCUACUUAACAGCCUCGAGGAGUCUGGACGAUAACGAGAAUACUCUUAUUAACCUGUUUUUGCACCCUAGUUUCCACGAUCCGGAUACCAUCCCGAAUAUCAAAGGUUCGACGUACAAAUCCAUCCACAAACAAGCUAGGGAAACGCAUCAGACUGCUCUGACGGGCAUGUUCGUCGGUGCUGCUAUAAAGGAGCUUCGCGAAACCGUGAUACCAGCGCUUGUCUCGCUGGUGAGGCAUUAUACCAUGGUAGCGGUCGCUCAACAGUCGGGGGCUUUCGCCUGCACGCCCAAGCCCAACAAGCAAGUCACUUUGGAUCCCUUAGUGUUGGUCGACGCUUUAGCCAUUAUAAUGGGGCACGAGGAGCGCGAACUGUGCAAACCAGGGCACCUGGGCCUAGUCCUAAUCGUGGAUACCGCGUCGACCCUACUUGGCAGCAAGGAAAUGGCCUGCAGACUACCGUUGAUCGAGUACCUGUCGGAAAAAAUGUGUGGUCUGUGCUACGAGCGAGCUUGGUACGCCAAACUAGGUGGAUGCAUCGCCAUCAAGUUCAUGUUUGAGAGGUGCGCCCUCAAAUGGAUCUACGAGCACAUGUUCAUGUUCCUCAAAGCAUUGCUGUUCGUCAUGAUGGACCUGACCGGAGAGGUUUCCAGCGGAGCCUUGGACAUGGCCAAGGAUAACUUACAGAAGAUGCUGGUCGUCUGUGUCACUCCUCCUCCCAAAGGUUCCGACGAAGCGACGAGGGAUUUGCAGAACGAGGCUCUGCAUAAAGUAACGCACGAGCUUGUCAGGCAGGUCACCAGUCCUCAUACUAUGGUCAGGGAACAGUCGAUGGCCUCUUUGAAAUUGCUGGCUGAGAAGCAGAACAAGUCUUUCACUGCUGUCAUGGAACCCUUCAAGGACGUCCUGGCUGAUAUGGUGCCGCCCAAGAAGCAUCUUCUGAAGCAUCAACCAGCUGUGGCUCAGAUGGGGCUCAUGGACGGGAAUAUGUUCUGCACCACUUUGAGUCCUCGAUUGUUCACGAUCGAUAUGAGUAUCAAUGAGCACAGUCUCUUCAUACAGGACCUUUUGUCGAUUUGCAAUACAGAAGACACCAAACUGAACACUUUUUCUUGCUACAAAUCCAUCACAAACUUCAUACCUUUGAGAACGAGCGCUCUGAGGGUGUUGGCAGCUUGUUAUUAUCUCGAAGAAGUUAGAGAACAAAUUUUCCAAGUGCUCUACAAAGCCUUGGAGAAACCAAAUGCGGAGUUGCAGGAAACCGCUUUCGAGUGCAUGAAGAAGUUCAUCUCGGGCUAUGCGGUAGAGAAAGACUUGUUGCAUAAAACUGUUAGGCCCUUGUUGAUGACUUUGGGAGAUGUCAAGAUGCUUACCUUGAAUGGAGUCAAGAUGCUUUCGUAUUUGACACAACUGUUUCCGAAACUUUUCCAAGAGAAAUUGUGCGAACAGCUACUGCAUAACCUCAAAGAGUUGCUGGAGAAUCUGAAGAACAAUUACAAAUCGAACCAGACCACCGGUUUAUCUAAAAAAGGCGAUGAGGAACAGAAAAUCAUGACCAUCAUCAGCAUUUUCCAUCAAACGCCUGCAGCUUCAUCUAGUUUCAUCAAUCAGUUGUGCCAGCUCAUUCUGCAAAGCGAACAAGCGAUGGGAAUCGAAGCGAGCAGCCCGUUCCGCGAAGUACUUAUGAAAUUCCUGCUGCGCUACCCCGCAGACACGAUGGAAAUGUUCCUUAACGACUUCAUCAAAGACAAGCAGUUCAGCAGGUACUUGGAAUUUAUGAUCAAGAACAAGGACGGCAAACCUUUCCGAGACUACAUCCAAACGCAGGGCGUCAAACGUCUCAUUAACAUGUUGCUAUCCAAUUACAUAACCCUGAAGAUGGAGCUGAGCGAGCGCAACGAGCUGCAGUACCAGAGCAUAAGGAUAAUUUCGUUGCUCAUCAAGGCAGACAACCAAUGGUUGUCGACUCAGAAGGAGCUCGUUGAUGCUCUGAGACAGAUUUGGGGCGACGAUGCUUACCAAGAAAGGCACAAGAACGUGGAUCAGCUGGAGUACACCCAUUGGAAGGAACCGAAACUCGUAGUGAAAAUCCUGCUGCAUUACUUCUGCCACCAUCCCACCGACAUCGACUUGCUAUUUCAACUGUUGCGAGCCACUGUCGACAGAUUCAUACCGGAAUUCCAGUUCUUGCGUGACUUUCUACAAAACACUGUGGCUCAGAACUAUACUGUCGAGUGGAAGCGAUCGGCUUUCUUUAGGUUCGUCGAACUGUUCCCCACUAGCGAGAUGUCUCAGGAACUCAAAUCCAAAGUGCUGCAGCUGAUCCUUAUCCCUUGUUUCGCUGUCAGCUUCGAAAGAGGCGAGACGAAUAAAUUGGUGGGAGGUUUGCCGAUGCCGUAUCAAGACAGCAGCGACAACAUCGUGUCGGUAUUCAUCAACAAGCUCAUCGAUCCCGAUAAUCCUUUCCCGUCAGCUGACUGCGUUCGAAUAUCACUCCUGCAGUUCUCCUGUCUUUUAGUGGAGCAAGCGAGUCCGCAUAUCCACGAUCACGAUGCCAACAAUAAGGCGCAGGGUUUCAAGCUGCGUCGCUUGAUGACCUUCGCUUGGCCUUGCCUGCUGGUGGAGAACUGCAUAGAUCCGGCUACUCGUUAUCACGGCCACCUGUUGUUGUCCCACAUAAUCGACAAGUUCGCCAUACACAGGAAGAUCGUUCUGCAAGUGUUCCACAGUCUUCUGAAAGCACACGCAGUGGAAGCGAGAAGCGUGGUAAGGCAGGCUUUGGAGAUAUUGACGCCCUCUAUGCCUUUGAGGAUGGAGGAAGGUAAUACGAUGCUCACGCAUUGGACGAAAAAGAUAAUAGUGGACGAAGGUCACUCCAUGCAACAGCUGUUCCACAUUCUGCAGCUGGUCGUCAAACAUUACAAAGUUUAUUAUCCGGUGAGACACCAUUUGGUUCAACACAUGGUUAGUUCCAUUCAGAGACUCGGGUUCAGCCCUACUGCGACUCUAGAGCACAGGAAGCUGGCGGUGGAACUAGCCGAGGUGAUCAUCAAGUGGGAGAUUUACGGUAUCAAAGAGGACUCGGAAAAUGCAGAGUCUGUGGAGAAUGUGUCCAUCAAAAGACCGGUGACUGAGGACAUAGGCGAGAGUAUUAGAAAGAAGAUGGCUGUGGCAGGACCGUCUGGUACUGUGGCAGUGCCGGUGGUGAAAACUGAGCCGGGCGUCAACAAACCAAUAGACAGAGCCCAUACGGAUACGGUGCUGAAUUUCUUGCUGAGGCUGGCUUGUCAAGUAAACGAACCUGCUGCAGCGACUCCAGCCAAUCCAGCGGGUAACAGUCCCGGCGAAAUCUUGUCUCGUCGCUGCGUGAUUUUGCUGAAAACAGCCCUGAAACCGGAUAUUUGGCCACAUCCUGUCGAUCUCAAGCUAGCUUUCUUCGACAAAAUCCUCACCAGCAUUGAGGCUCCCAAUCCCAACGUUGCCAACAUUUGUACUGCUCUAGAGCUGCUCACGUACCUUCUUACCGUGUUCGGGAAAGAGCAAAUUUUAGCUAGCUUCAAGCCGUUGCAGAGGGGCAUAGGAGCCUGCAUCACUUCUAACAAUAGCAGGAUCAUAAAGCUGGUCCACGGGUUGUUGACCAAGCUGUUCACUCUUUUUCCCAUGGAGAGGUCCAACACUAACUUGAGCUGCAAGUACGAGGAGCUAGAGGUGUUGUAUUCUACGGUGGGAAAAGUUAUCUUCGAAGGUCUGAGCAACUACGAGAAGAAAGAGAACCCUUCCAGUCUCUUUGGAACGGUGAUGAUUUUGAAGGCUGCCUGCUCUAACAACCAUUCCUACAUAGACUUACUGAUAACCUCGUUCAUGCGAGUGUUACAAAGACUGGCGAAAGAACAUUUGCAACCAUCGACUACCACCGAUAAUACUGCUUUGACGAGCGAACUGCUGAUACUCAGUCUGGAUUUGGUUAAGACGAGGGUGGUUGUUAUGGGGGUUGAAAUGAGAAAAACUUUUAUCGGAACCAUUCUAGUAGGUUUGAUUGAAAAGACGCAGGAUAUGAAGGUUAUGAAAGCUAUUGUCAGGAUACUGGAAGAGUGGAUGAAAUGCAAAAAUGUAGUUACCCUAAAUCAAGCUCCUAGUUUACGAGAAAAGUCUAUUUUGCUUGUGAAAAUGAUGCAGUACGUUGAAAAACGUUUCGCAGACGAUAAUGAUCUCAAUGCUCAAUUUUUGGAACUAGUAAAUUAUGUUUAUACUGACAAACAGCUGAAAACUACUGAACUAACCUCAAAACUGGAACCUGCAUUCCUUGCCGGCCUACGAUGUACUCAACCCCAUAUCAGGGCGAAGUUUUUCAAAGUGUUCGACGAAUCUAUGCGAAAAAGACUCCAUGACAGGUUACUUUACAUCGUUUGUUCCCAGAAUUGGGACGCCAUCGGACCCCAUUACUGGAUCAAACAAUGCAUUGAACUCUUACUUGUCACAGCAACAUCAGGAGACGGUAUCAAAAUGUCUCACGAAAGCAGUAUCCUACCCAGUAUUACGUCAGUGUUGAACAACGCGGACAAACAGAAAAAAGAGGAAUUCAGCAGACACCAGUUCCAAAAUCCGGAUUUCUUUGAUUCAUCCGAAAUAAAAGAGGAAGUUUUGGACGUCGACCUCAGUAAUAUCGAUUCUAACCCUUUAGUGGAAGAAAAACCAGUUAUCAGAGAAGAGACGAUCAAAAUGUUGAAGAAGGAUUACGAGUCCAUAGAAGUAGCCAGGAGCAUUACGACCGAUAGGUUCUUGGUAGCUGCUGCUCAGUUAUGUCACAUGGAUACUACUCUGGCUGAACAUGUGUGGCUAGCACUGUUUCCGAAACUAUGGAACAUUCUUGAAGAAGAUCAACGAUGUAUUCUAGCACAGGAAAUUCUACCUUUCAUAACGUCAGGUACACACAUAAUCCAGAAAGAUUGCCACCCUAGUGCCAUAAAUACUUUCGUAGAAGCUUUGUUCCGGUGUACUCCGCCUGUACAAAUAGCUCCGCCUCUGAUGAAAUAUAUCGGCAAGUCGCAUAACCUGUGGCACCGGAUGGCCUUGGGCCUCGAACAAAUAGCCUUCGAUCCAAACUCGAAUUCUAGAUCUGGCAAUACUGCCAACCUUUACGAAUUCGAAGGGGAACCAUCAAAAAUGGAGCUGCUCGACUCCCUGGGCGACCUCUACCACCUGUUGUGCGAGACGGACCUGUGGGCGGGGCUGUGGCAACGCCACGCCCACUACAAGGAAACAGGCGUGGCGGUGGCUUAUGAGCAGCACGGCUUCUACGAGCAGGCGCAGGGGGCGUACAAGGCGGCCAUGGCCAGGCACAAGGCGGACAACGGGGCGGGGCCUGUGCCAGCGCAUGCGCAACGGGAGGUGCUGCUGUGGGCCGACCACUGGAUCAGGUGCGCCAAAGAACUGAACCAAUGGGAGAUCCUGAUGGAGUACGCUAAAAAUGGCGUCUACGACCCAUAUCUCCUUCUCGAGAGCGCGUGGCGCAUCCCCAACUGGGACGCUAUGAAGGAGGCGCUGCAAAACGUCGAGUUCAACUGUCCCAAGGAGCUCGGCUGGAAGAUCACGAUGUACGGGGGGUUCCUGCUGAUCUGCCAGCCGGACGACAGUAAGCCGCUGAAGCUGGUCGAGAGAUACGUCGAGAGCGCGAGUGCUUUGUGUCUGAACGAGUGGCGGAGAUUGCCGCAUAUCGUCAGCCACAUCCAUUUGCAGUACCUGCAAGCGGCGCAACAGAUUAAAAAUAAAACUGGUCCCAAGACUGACCCUUGCGAUACACCGCGUGGUACGUAUCCGUACGCUAAAUGCCAUUUUAGUUAUGUGAGUAGAAAAAUGAACGAACACAUGAAUCAACUGAAUGAAACAAUUGACGAUAAAACAGGUGAUGGAGUUGCAAGAAGCCUACCAGAUCCACAAAGGCCUGAAACAGGGCAACCAGAACUCGUUGCACGACAUGAAAGCCAUCGUGAAGACGUGGCGGAACAGAUUACCGGUGAUAGCCGACGAUCUGGUGCACUGGAACGACAUUUUCACGUGGCGCCAGCACCACUAUCAGGAGAUCGUCAACCAUUACGAGAGGAACAGGGAUGCAGCGACCACCACCAAUUCCAUUCGAUCAUCCAUUUCGGUAAGAUCGCCCGCAAGCACAAACUCACCAACGUCUGUUUGGACUCGCUGAACCGCAUCUACAGCAUCUCCAGCGUGCCGAUAGUGGAUUGCUUCCAGAAAGUGCGGCAACAGGUGAAAUGUUACCUGCAAUUGGCCUCGAUGAACAACAAGAACGAGCUGGCCGAAGGUCUUGACGUGCUGAACCAGACGAAGAUGCAGUAUUUCUCCAAGGAGAUGACCGCGGAGUUCUAUGCUCUGAAAGGCAUGAUGUAUCACUUGAGCAACAAAUCUGACGAGGCAAACAAAACGUUCUCUGGAGCUGUGCAGAUGCACGACGCCUCCACCAAAGCGUGGGCCUUGUACGGUGAUUAUCUGGAGAGCGUCUUCACCAGAGACCAAAGACAAAUCAAUCUCGGAGUGAACGCCAUGGCUUGCUUUCUGCACGCUUGCAGACACCAAAACGAGGCCAAGGCCAGGAAGUAUCUGGCCAAGGUGUUGUGGCUUCUCAGCUAUGAUGACGAUAAAUCUAGCCUGAUGGAAGCCUUGGACAAGUAUUCCGUGGGGGUUCCUCCAAUUUUGUGGUUACCGUGGACACCGCAACUAUUGAACUGUUUAGUUCAAUAUGAGGGCAACGUCAUUCUCAAUUUACUUUGUCAGGUUGGCCGGAUGUUCCCACAAGCGGUAUACUUCCCUAUCAGAACUCUCUAUUUGACACUUCGAACCGCAACUGCUAGAAAAACGAACAGCGUUCAGCUGAUCCUGCAGCAACAGUCGCAGCAAGAGCCACAUCCCACCUCCGACAACCCGUCCAGCAACCAAUCGUCAAGCACCUCGGAGAGCGGCUCCUCGUCCGUCCCCGCUGCCACGCCUACUGCGACCGUGGCCACGCCCACCGCAGCGGAGGCGUCCUCUAUCAAGGCCACGCCCGCUAUGAUCCGGUGCUCGAAGAUCAUGAAGAUGCAGCGUGAUAUCAACACGACGGUGUUGAGCAGUUUGGAGGGGAUUGCUGAUCAGAUGGAAUGGUUCCGCGAAAAUUGGUACGAAGAAGUCCUGAGGCAACUGCGCCAGGGCCUCACCAAGUGCUACGCCAUCGCGUUCGAGAACCGUGAGGCGGUCAACGAGGCCAAAAUCACGCCGCACAUCCUCAACUUCGUCAAAAAGCUCAUGUCAACGUUCGGCAUCGGCGUCGAGAACAUCUCUAGCUCUGCGAAUGCCACUUUUAACUCUGCAGCUUCGGAGAGUCUAGCCAGACGAGCGGAGGCGACCUAUCAAGAUCCAGUUUUCAUAGCAAUGAAAUCGGAGUUUAUGAAAGACUUCGACUUUUCUCAAUCCAACUCGAUGCGACUGCACACGUUGAUUUUCAAACUGAAGAAAUGGAUCAAGAUAUUGGACGACAGGUCCAAGAUGCUGCUGCAGUCCCUCCUCAUCGAAGAAAAAUGCCGUUUCCUAUCGAACUUCACUUUGAAAACGGCUGAAGUCGAGUUGCCAGGCGAGUUUCUCCUACCACGACAUAACCACUACUUUGUCCGCAUCACUCGAUUCAUGCCCAGAGUGGACGUCGUUCAAAAACACAACGCCGCUGCCCGCAGACUUUACAUCAGAGGUCAUAAUGGAAAAAUCUAUCCGUAUCUGGUGGUGAACGAUUCCGGGUUAGCGGACGCCAGAAGGGAGGAGAGGGUUUUGCAGCUGAUGCGCAUGCUCAACUUGUAUUUGGGCAAGCAGAAGGAGACGGCCAGCAGGUUCUUGCACUUCACCGUGCCCAAGGUCGUCGCUAUUUCCCAGCAAAUUAGGUUAGUGGAGGAUAAUCCGGCUUCGGUGUCCUUGCUGGAUAUCUUCAAGAAGGGAUGCACCAAAUUGGGUAUAGAACACGACGAUCCCAUUCAGUAUUACUACGAAAGGUUGGCCCAGGUGCAAAGUAGAGGCAUCAAAGCCAGUCACCAGGUAUACAGAGACAUCCUCAAGGGAGUGCAGCAAACCAAAGUACCGAGAAACAUUUUGAAGCACUGGGCCGUCCAGACUUUCCCUUCUGCCACCGAUUAUUGGCAAUUCCGGAAAAUGUUCACUUUGCAACUGGCUCUGGCAUGUUUUGCCGAGUACGUUUUCCACUUGACUCGACUCAACCCCGACAUGAUGUACCUCCAUCAAGACUCCGGACUGAUGAACGUCGCCUAUUUCAAAUUCGAUGUGGACGAUAGUACAGGCGAAUUAGAUACAACCAGACCAGUACCCUUCAGACUGACACCGAACAUUAUCGAAUUUUUGUCGACGAUAGGGGUGAGUGGUCCACUGACAGCUUCGAUGAUCGCGACUUCGAGGUGUUUCGUCUAUCCCAACUUCAAGGUGUUGGCCAUUCUGAAACCUAUUAUUCGUGAUGAAAUGAUGUUGUCGAGAGCAAAGAAACCGGAAGACCUCACAGGAACGAACCAGGAGAAAGCGAGCGAUGCGGAACAAAUCGUGAAUAUGGUCAAUAAGGCCGUCACUUCGAUCUCUAAUAGACUGACCAGCUUGGCUCAUUUCGAAGGGACUGAUAGCAAGGUGGCGACUUUAGUAGCAGCAGCAAACAGUCAUGAUAAUCUUUGUCGAAUGGACCCAGCCUGGCAUCCAUGGCUGUAAAGUGGACGAAUCUUUUUGUUUAAGUAUUAAUUGAUAGGUGGAUAGGAAGAAGAGUUUUUGAUAUUUUUGUAGAUAAACUUCCUUAAUUUGUGUAUAUUUUGUAUUUAAAUAAUUAUUUUGAGAUACUAAUUGCUUUAAGGGAACAAAACUUUUAUUUGAUCCUGAAAAAAAAAAUUCAACACGAUUCAUAUAGAGUUAGGUGUGGAGAACACGAAAAAGAUGCUGAUUUUUUUC